CUAAAACUGAGCAGCAUGCAUGAUACACCUCUUCCUCUAAAAUGGCUUCUUCUCUUGCCUUCCUUCAACCUCUCUCCAAUGUCUCUUCCUCUUCAACCCUCCUCUUUCUCCGUAAUCCCCACCAUAUCCCUUCUUCUUCCUCCUCCUUAAAACCCUCCAAUUUCCCCAAAACCCUCCCAUUCAAAUCCCUCACCGCCUCAUUCUCCCUCGCAGAAUCAGACUCCCCCAAAUCUUUCCAACCCAACGGUCCAAGUUUUCAAUCUUUCCUCCAAGAAUUAGCCGACAGCUUUGAUCUUCCACCGGACUACUUUGCGCAGCUUCCUAACGAUCUCCGGCUCGAUCUGAAUGAUGCAGCAUUUGAUCUUUCAAAUGGAAGGGUUAUCGACGAGUGUGGUCAAGAGUUAGGAGAGACAUUGUUAAAUCUCUCUCGCGCAUGGGAGCAAGCCGAUACAUCAACUUCCCAUGCUUUAGCUAGCAAGCUCCCUGGGUUGGAGGACUCUAUGACAGGCAAUGCCAAAUCAGCAUUUGGAAAGCGUUUGGUUUCUGCCGGAAGAAGAUUUCAGUCUAUGGGACAGUAUGGCCAAGGUGAACUGCAAAAGGACAGCUUUGAUCUUCCACCGGACUACUUUGCGCAGCUUCCUAACGAUCUCCGGCUCGAUCUGAAUGAUGCAGCAUUUGAUCUUUCAAAUGGAAGGGUCAUCGACGAGUGUGGUCAAGAGUUAGGAGAGACAUUGUUAAAUCUCUCUCGCGCAUGGGAACAAGCCGAUACAUCAACUUCCCAUGCUUUAGCUAGCAAGCUCCCUGGGUUGGAGGACUCUAUGACAGGCAAUGCCAAAUCAGCAUUUGGAAAGCGUUUGGUUUCUGCCGGAAGAAGAUUUCAGUCUAUGGGACAGUAUGGCCAAGGUGAACUGCAAAAGGUUUUCUAUCAACUAGGAGGUCGAUUAUCAUGGGAGCGAGCUUAGCUUCUUUUGUUCUAAUAUCGGCGAUGGCAGCAGUAGCAGUUUCUUCCAUGUAAAACAAUCAAAUAGAAUACAGGAAAAGGAGAAUCAACUAAAGGUUGGAAGGUUCCUAAACGAUCACAAAUCUCACGUACCAACAAGAUACUCCUAUGCCAAUAUUACAAAGAUGACAAAUGGAUUCAAGAACAAGUUAGGUGAAGGAGGUUUUGGAAGUGUUUACAGCGGAGAGCUUCCAACUAAUGGAGUUCCAGUCGCCGUAAAAGUCCUCAGUGAUUCGAAAGGAAAUGGAGAAGAUUGUGUUAACGCAGUGGUAACCAUUGGCAGAAUUCACCAUGUCAAUGUGGUUCGCCUACUCGGGUCUUCUGCCGAAGGAGGCAAGCGUGCGCUUAUUUACGAGCUCAUGCCAAACGGGUUCCUAGAGAACUUCAUCACAUUUAAAGAUCAAUCCAACAACGCUUCGUUUGAUUGGCAGAAAG